AUGCAGGCGAGCACCGAGUCUGAUGCCGAGCAUGGCAAACACAGCUUCGCUCUACAAGAGGUGAUGCAGGAAAGGCAUUUUCAGCUCAUGGAGGUGCAUUCGAACUUUGAGGAGACACAAGGGCAGAUGGAUGUCGUCCUUAGAGGCGCUCUCGACCAGCUCGAGCGAGCACAGUCGCGCAAGUUGGAGUUCCUGCAGUCGAUGAAGCGGCAGGUGACGACCCAGCUCCUCUUCAUCCAAUGGUUGGACAACUUCCAAGCUCAUGCUCGAAUGGCCUUGCCUCCUGCAGACUUUGUUGUGGCCACGAAAAGGCACGAAGGUUUGCUGGCUGCGCUGUUUGGCUCUGAUGGAAGCCCCCUUAAGGGUGCAGAGCUGGGGAUUGGCCCUGUCCCGCUGUGGGUGGAUGAAGAGCUGCUUCUCGAGGGUGCUGUGUCCGUCCAGCUCACGUCUCUUCCACCUCCCAUAGCUGAGCCUGGUCCAAUGCCUCCGAACGCAACGGUGCCUGCUCUUGAAGAGGUGCCACCCGUUCCACAGCUUGCAAACGUCGGUACAGCGACUGGCAGGGGCAUAGACACCCUGGAGGAGCCUGGCUCUUCGUACCUAGAGGCGACUCCCAGGCGUCGCUCGAAUAAUCCUCCACCAGCGGGCAUUGGAGGAAUCAGCGACACACUGUACGUCAAAGCAUCGGAGUCAGGUCGUACUGCGGGUGAUGUCGACAAGUUGACAUCCGAGCGGCAACUUCAAGCAGGAGUUCUUGAUGCUUCGGCAGUGACUGCGGUCGAUCAAAUUCCAGGUGGCCAGAGCCGUGCAGAGUUUGAUGGUUACAUCUCGCAGGCGUUUGCCUACUUGGAAGAAGCACAGAAAAACUCACAGCGAGCAGCCCUGCCCGCUACUUUGGCUUUCGGGUCGAGUCGGGUGCAACUUCUCGAGGCCGCUUCGGCCGUGCCUCCGCGUGUUCCAAGUCUGCAGCUUGCGACCGAGGCCCUGGGAGUGCAGUGGAGGGACUGA